AUGGACCCCGAACCAAAUACUUCAAAAGCAGCCUCGCUGGUGCACUCAAAGGCGAGUGUGGUGAAGGCAGUGCCAGUGAACACAUCCAAGGCAGCCAGCCUUGCCUUCGCUAAAGACGGGUUCCCGAUCCCACCUGUUUUGGGACCAUGCCCGAUGCCACAAGUACCACCUCCUCCAUUGACUCAACCUCCUCAAUUUGAGAUCACUGCUGGGGGCUGCAUAGGCACCAAGAUGCCUCCAACUCAACCAGGGCAAUUGUUUCUGCCUGGAGCUCCCCCGCCUCCGCCGAUGCUUUUGCCUGGCGGGCCUACCUUGAGCCCUUUGGGUCCCCCACCUCCUGGUCCACCUAUGGCACCGCCACCCAUGGACAUCACAGCUGCUGAGCUUGUGGCAGCUGUCGAUGCAGCAAUGGCACGCGUCGUUGCUGGCAGUGUCCCACCUGGGCUGGGGCCAGGUUCUGAACCAGGCCUGCUCCCAGGUCAGUUGCACAGUCCGGUGCAAGGUCCGCCGCCAGGUCCUCCUGCAUCUGGACCCGCUGAAAAGGUGGAGUGGGAAGCCCACAAAUCACAACAAGGCAUGCCUUAUUUUUUUUGCAGGAAGACUGGCGAGUCAAGAUGGGUCAAGCCUACAGGGCCCCAAGACGUGAUCGUGGAUGCGAAGCCGGCAGCGAAACAAGUUCAAGCCGCCCCAAAAGCUGCGCCCGCCGCUUCAAUUAAGGACCGCAUUGGGGAACCUGAGUCGUGGGAAACCAUAGGCAAGACUGGGUGGUCAAGAGUUCAGACUGAUAAAGGCUUCACCUACUUCUACCACAAGAAGCAGAAGAAGACAUCGUGGACUUGCCCGCCUGAAAUUGAAAAGGAUGUGGCCGAGCUUGAUGGUUGCCUUGGUGCAGUUGAGGAGGUGGAAGAAAGCAAUGAGGAGAGUAAUGCAAAAGAAGAUCGAGAAGAUCCCGAGCGUAUGGCCGAUGAGGUGCCCAAAGAUGACGCUCAAACGGAGGUGACAAAGCCAAGCAAAGCUGAGCGAGCAGAGAAAAGAGCUCAGCAGGUGGAGGAAGAGCAAAAACUUGCAAAAGAGAAAGAAAAACUGAGGAAUUUCAAGCAGCUCCUCCUGGAAAAGGGCGUCAAAGCCUUCGAUAAAUAUGAAAAGUGGCUGCCAAAGCUUGUGCAUGAUCCCCGGUUUUCUGCCAUCACAGGCCAGAAGGAGAGGAAACUUCUGUUUGACAUGCUAGCCAAGCGUAUAGACAGUGAGAAGCGCAAGACCCAGGCAGUCCACAAAUUGAAGGGACGGGAGGCAUUCAGAGAGCUGCUGACCAAGGCAGAUGAAAUGGAGUUGCUCCAUGGGCGAAGCGUAGAGAGAGCAUUGUCAGCCAUGGAGCGCCGUUUUGGAGAUGACGAGCGUUGGGAUGCAGUAGCAGAAGCCAAGAGGGAGCGAAUGGUCGCUGAAGCGGUCGAGGAAGCCACAAAGCGGGUUGAGAAGGAAAAGGACGAGGCGCGUGCCGCCUUUCGUGCCUUGGUCUUGAGGACGCUGAGCUCCCUGAAGAAGGAUGGAAAGGACGAUGCUCCUUCCUUCUCCCACGUCCGACGUCACUUUGAGGGCGAUCCUUGUUGGCCCAAGCUUGGAUCUACAGAACGGGAAGGCAUGUACAGCAGGAUUGUCCGUGAAUUGGAAGAAUCUCGGAGAAAGCAGAGAGCCAAGCAGCGCCAGAUUCAACUUGAAGUGGAGGAAGCGCGAAAGAAGAGGAGACUCACAGAAAGCGAGGAGAGAAUGUUCAGUGUUUUGGCCGAGCGAGUGAAGAAUCCCUUCAGCUUGACCUGGGAGGAGGCGAAGGAGGAGCUGGGAGACUUCCUGCAGGAUCUCCUGCAGGGCUUGAAGGACGAGGAACUGGAGCAGAUGUAUCUGGACUACCAGAAAAGAUCCAUCGAUGCACGCCGAGAGGCCUGGCUAUGUAUCCUUGACGCUGCUGGUUUUGAUGCAAUCGGACCUGAGCUGGAGUUCGAGGAAGUUGUCGAAAGAGCUUUUGAUGCCCGCACUGACGCAGCAACUGCUCGAGCUUUUCACGGGAUGCCAGAGGAAGUGCUGAAGGCAGCCUGGCUUGAAUGGCGAGAACGUGCUUACGAUCUUGCCAUAGAAGACUGCCAAAAGUGGCUUCGAACCUGUGAGCACCUCCGUGGUUGCGAAGAUGUAGAGCCAACAGGCGGAGACAGCUUCGACAGACUCUUGCGCAGGCUAGCGGCCAAAGAUGUUCGCUUCAGACGCCUGAACGGACGACCAGAGCAGCAAACACGGCUGUUGGCUGGACGCCUUCGGGAGCUGCGGAGCCUGCGAGAGAAAGGACACACCAAAGGAGAGGAUGACGAGUUGGACGAGCAGAAGGACAAGCAGAAAGACAGGGAGAAAGACAAGGAGAAAGACAGGGACAAGGACAACGAUGAGAAAGGGCUCACGCGGAAAAUGUCAGUUCAAUUUGUGAACGGUGAUGUGUACACUGGCAACUGCAAGCAGUUCCCAGAAGGUGAAAAACGACAUGGGAUUGGCACCUACGUCUAUUCUAGUGGAACCCAUGACGUAUACAAGCAGUAUCAAGGUCAAUGGCAGGAGGACAAGAAACACGGUUACGGUGUCCUGUUUUAUCGCAAUGGCGGCGUUUAUGUGGGCCAAUGGAUGAACAAUCAGAAGCAUGGCCUUGGAGUUCUCCUGGACAGCAACUCCCAGGGUAUGCCGACCUACCGAUACGAGGGGCUAUGGAAAGAGGACUAUGGCCGAUCUCCAAACGUCCUUCUCUGUCACAUCCUGUCUCGCAUCCCUCAUAUCCCUCACUACCUGCUGAUUCGCUUUGGGCCUUUGGGCCUUCCCGGGUCUGGAGCAUUCUUGCUGACGUGUGCCACCCUCCAGGACCAUCAACAUGGGCUGGGCGUAGAGGAAAGAGAUUACGAGUCAUACUUUGGGAACUUCAACAAUGGCAACCGUGCCGGCCGUGGAGUGAAAAUGAACCUAGCAAAGGCCAUUUCGAGCAAUGAAGUCUUGGAUGCCAACUCCCGUCCUAAGCCCUUCUAUGAAGCACUUGAGCAAGAGCUUGAUGAACUUUACAAAAUUGAAGACUUGCAGCGAAGGUCCUCACCUGCCAUGGGCAACAAUGAUAGCUGGCGAAGCGGUUUGGCCAGCAGUGCCACAAUGCCAAAUAGUGCAACGUUUCACUUUGGCCAGUUUCAAGAUGCUGGCGCCCGAACUUCAUUGGCUGAGCUUGCCUUUUCAGAGGCACCUCCGGGAACUGGAACUGUGUCUCCUGGUGAAAAUGAGAGUGGAAGCACGUCGACUGCAAGUGCAAAAAGAAGCACACCGUUGCCAAUGUCAAUUCCUCGCAACGGGUCGAACAAUGAUUUUGGAACGCCGGCGACACCAGCGCUUCAAGCUGGAGCCGCCAGCUUUGGCGGAGGCACCUUCAUGGGACAGCGCAUCUCCAGCCCAGGAACUUCAAUGGGCCAUCAGACUCCCUUGCAGUACGGCACCGGGCCAACAGCUUCGGAGCGGCGGAGCUCCAGUGAAAGUACAGGACAACGCGUGUCUCCCGGAGCUCCAGGAGCUCCAGGCAAUGCCAAUGGUGGCUUUGUAUUCUCAAUGCAUGAAGAGAAUGACUUCAUCUCACCGCAGGAAUUGCGCCUGGAACAGCGGCGCAUCCGGGAUCAGCUGGAUUCAGGUGAUGUCAACGGGGUCGUUCAACGCUUGCACCUGAGUCGUGGAGCAGCUGGCGGAGGAUCUGCCGGGAACAAUUCCAACCAUGGCCGCUAUUCCCAGGACCUUAAUGCAGCUGACUUGGCCAAAAAAGCUGCCAAGAGGGCCCCUUUCCGAAGAAGCCCAAUGCUGUGGACAGAGGACGAGCUAGCUGCGUUCAUGUCCUGCCUCGGGCUGAGCCCAGAUGUCAGCCAUCGCGUGAUGCGUCAGCGCUUCAAGGGUGCUGCACAGUUUCUCAGCAUGUCAAAUGUCCAGCUGCGCAAAGCCUUGGGCAUGGUGACCCCUGUUGAGCGCCUGGUGGUUCGCAAUGCUUUGAAGCGUUUAUUGGACGGAACACGCUUGGAGGCAAGUGUUUGCAGUGUGAAGGCCAUGGACAUCAUCAGCGACUCCGUGCUCAGCCACUACAUAAUACCGAAGGAAGAGCUUACCAUGGUGUCCAAGAUUUCGCAGGGUGGUUACGGAACUGUAUACCGCGGUGUUCUCGAACCGAAAGUUGAUAGGGCCGGAGGUGCUUUCCAGGCCCGAAGAACCCACUUGGUGGCAGUCAAGGACAUGAAGGGUGAGCGCAGAGUUCAGCUGUACGAGCUCCUGAAAGAAGCAUGCGCAGGGCGCCUCAGGAUGAUUUCAUAUCUUCUUGAAGACAUCGAUCUGUGGACAUAA